AUGGUCAGGGUGGGCGUCAACUUGGGCUCAGCGCAGGGCAUCCCAGCUACGAAGCUGCUGACAACGCUCCACGAGGUGCUUGCGAGAUCUCUCAACCUGAUGAGGCUCGCGCUUGUGGCAGCGCCAGCUCUGGUCCAGUGUUUUUUCAUUCACAGCGUGGACUUUGUAAGCUGGUUGUCGAAGCUGGUGCUUGUCUAUGCUUUGAUGGGUGCCGUUUGUUUCAUCGUCAUGCCGGAUCAGCUCUACAACGGGAUGGGCAUGGGCAUGUUUCGGUGGGCCUUUGAGAUUUUCUACCCGGAGAUUGCCCGAUCCAACGGCAGCCUGCACGAUCCGGCCGAGACGACCGUCGCUUCCAUCGCGGGCAAGAGGAUUGGUCAGCUGGCAGGAACGCGGGCGAAGCUGAGGUGGCACGGCUCGAACAGGUACCUUUGCUUGACCCACGACGGCUGGACCGUCACCGGAGACGAGAAGCACUCAUGCUCAGUCGAGUUCCACAACGUGUACUGGAAAGAUAGGUUGGUUCCUGACACGUACACUCUCCGGAUACUUGCUCCUACAUCUGAUUUCCACGAGUGUUGGCUUUCCUUCAAGCCCGUGAACCAUCUUCGCUUCGGUGGUUGGCUGGCCGCCUACCCAAGCGAGCAGAAGGCUUGUCCCUACAAGGUUGUCCGCGACAGCUCCUGUCCGGCUGAUGCUUGUAAGCUACUGUGCGCUUGGACCAACAUGUUACCUCCCUCGCAGAGGUCUUGCACAGGCUUCUAUGUCGGAGAGCAGCGCUGCAGAGAUCAUGUGUACCUUGGACACGCAGCGGACAGAGAUGCCGCUGCACUCGACCUUGAGUUUGAGUGA